AUGCACGCGGGUUCCACGACCUCCACCCCGUUUUCUGUCAAAGACAUUCUGAGGCUGGACUUCCACGAUGAGUAUGAGAGUGAUUUUCUGAUGACUGAUCAGGUGGUUCCGAUGCAUCACGAUCCUCAUCAGCACCAUCAGCUCGCGCGCGCCGCCUCCCAAAGCGACGACUUUUACGCGUGCGAGAGGCGCCUCUGUGGGAGGCAGGAGACGCACGAGGCUCGCAGCUCGGCCGCAGGAGGAGGUCUGAGGGCUCCUGGUUCUCCUCGUGACUGCAACACGGAUGUAAAACCCAGAACCAGGGCGCGCAGGAGGCCCCGGGUCCUCUUCUCGCAGGCGCAGGUGUCGGAGCUGGAGCGGCGCUUCGGGCAGCAGCGCUACCUGUCCUCCCCCGAGAGAGAGCAGCUGGCGCACGCGCUCCAACUCACCUCCACACAGGUCAAAAUCUGGUUCCAGAACAGAAGGUACAAGUGCAAGAGGCAGAGGCAGGACAAGUCCCUGGAGCUGGCGGGGUUCCCGGCGGCGCCGAGGCGCGUGGCGGUGCCGGUUCUGGUGCGGGACGGGCAGCUGUGCGGCGCAGCUCCGGCUCCUUAUAACGUCACGGUGGGACACUUUAACGCAGCGUUUGGGUGCGGGAACAACAGCUUCUGUGGCUUCCAUCACCACAAUGUGUCCUCUGAUGUGACUAACACCGAGGGGCUCCUGAGCCAGAUCCACGCUGCCGCAGGCUGGUGA